CUUCGUCGUCGUCGCCGCCGCGAGGCCACCUCUCUCUCCGCCGCGCACGCGGAAUCCGCCACCAGCGAAGCACGCACGCACGUCCCGAGACCGAUGCCUGCGCCUAGCGCCCUUCCCCCCCGCCGCUGCGCCUUCACCACCCCGCAGCCUUCGGCUCCCACUCCGCCGCUGCUGCUACCAUCCGCCGCGAGACUCUCUAGGAGGUCGAGGCCGAGGCCGAGGACUACGCCGCCCCGCCAGCUUGUGGCCGCUGUCCGGGCCAAGAGCAAGGACGAGGCCAGCUUCACCGACCGCAUCCUCGACUACAUCGAAGGGGGUCCAAAGUUGAGGAGGUGGUAUGGAGCACCGGAUUUGCUUCCCAAGGAUGGCGUUGCUAAGGAUGAGGAAGAUGAAACCUCAGAUAUCGAGGAGCCUCGAGAUGCUGUGUUAGUCACCAAUGGUGAUAGCGAGAUUGGACAGAUGGUGAUAUUAUCAUUAAUCCUGAAAAGGGCCAGAAUAAAAGCUUUAGUGAAGGAUAAACGGUCCACUGAAGAAGCAUUUGGAACUUACGUGGAGUGCAUGGUUGGUAAUUUGGAAGAUAAGUCCUUCACAAAGAAAGCACUAAGGGGUGUUCGUGCUGUAAUUUGUCCAGCUGAUGAUGGUUUCUUCUCUGAUUUGAUGGAUUUCAAGGGUGUCCAACACAUUGUUCUGCUAUCCCAGCUCUCUGUCUACAGAGGCAGCGGUGGUCUCCAAGCAAUUAUGAAUAGCAACCUGCGAAAGCUAGCUGAGAGGGAUGAAGAAGUGGUUCUUGCAUCCAACAUCCCAUCUACUAUAAUCAGGACUGGUUCUAUGCAAAGUACUCCUGGUGGCGAGAGAGGUUUUGAUUUUACGGAGGGUGCAGCAGCCAAGGGAAGAAUGAGCAAAGAAGAUGCGGCUACAAUCUGUGUGGAGGCCCUAGAGUACAUUCCCCAGACCGCAUUCAUUUUUGAGGUAGCUAAUGGUGACGAAAAAGUUACUGACUGGAAGGCAUGGUUUGCGGAGCGGAUGAACACGGCAACAAGUUAAAAGUAAACAAGCAUGAUUGAAAUGCAGUAAUUGUUUUAUUGAAAUAUUGAAAUGAAUAUAAGGGAAGAAACUCUAAGAAACGAUUUCAUUAUUUCCACCAAGCUGUAAAAGCCCAUUUUGGUUGUGGUUCUCUGAGUUUGCAGUCUAAAAUGGAGCUAUGGACAGCCUCAACUCACAAGAACUGUGAAUGUUAUGUAAAGGCAAAAGGCACACGAUCCAUCAUGGUAUUUGUACAAUUGUAAUUACCCAUUUGAAAGACUGAAACUCUGAAUAGAAAUUGCAGACCAAGUAAUUUUGAAGGUUGUCCUUUUGUAUAAC